AUGACGAUUAACGAGGAAUUUUUAGGAAGAGAUUCCGGAAUCGAAAGCCGCAAUGUUUAUCGCAAUGCAUCGCCCGCUGUCUUGUAUGAAGAGGCCCUCACACACGAGUCCGGUACAUUUAUUACAUCUACCGGAGCACUUGUUACAAGUUCAGGCUCAAAAACGGGUCGCUCGCCUUCUGAUAAACGCAUUGUAAAGGAGUCCAGUACGCAGGAUGACAUUUGGUGGGGCCCCGUCAACACAGCCAUGAGCGAGCAUGUUUUUGACAUCAACAGAGAAAGAGCGGUCGAUUAUUUGAACACAAGGACUCGCCUGUUUGUCUUUGAUGGGUUUGCCGGGUGGGAUCCCAAAUAUCGCAUAAAAAUUCGUGUAAUUUGCUCCAGCGCCUAUCAUGCGCUAUUUAUGCGGAAUAUGCUGAUUCGCCCAACAAAUGAAGAGCUGUCCCGAUUUGGCAAACCCGAUUUUACAAUUUUCAAUGCCGGCGAGUUUCCUGCAAACAAAUUUACGGAGGGCAUGACUUCAAAUACCUCCAUCGCAAUCAACUUCAAGGCCAGGGAAAUGGUUGUUUUGGGCACACGAUAUGCCGGUGAAAUGAAAAAAGGCGUUUUCACCGUAAUGCACUACUUGAUGCCCAAGGCGGGGGUUCUUUCACUUCACUCCUCUGCAAAUGAGGGAAAUGAUCCGUCGGACGUGACGCUCUUUUUUGGAUUAUCUGGAACCGGAAAAACCACGCUAUCUGCCGACAUUAAUCGCCGCCUUAUCGGCGAUGAUGAACAUUGUUGGAGUGACAAUGGGAUCUUCAACAUUGAGGGCGGCUGCUACGCCAAGUGCAUCGAUCUAUGCCGCGAAAAGGAGCCGGAGAUCUUUGAUGCGGUGCGGUUUGGAAGUGUGCUUGAAAAUGUCGUUUUGGACCCGCAUUCGCGAGUCGUUAACUAUGGAGAUAAAAGCUUCACCGAAAAUACAAGAUGCGCCUAUCCCAUUGAGUAUAUCCCCAAUUCCAAGAUCCCAUGCAUCGCUGGGCAUCCGAAAAAUCUUAUUUUACUCACAUGCGAUGCUUUUGGGGUGCUUCCCCCGGUCUCUAAACUGACCUCAACUCAGGCAAUGUACCACUUUAUUUCCGGCUACACGGCAAAGAUUCCAGGAACGGAGCAAGGAAUCUCCUUGCCGACACCAAUAUUUUCUGCCUGUUUUGGCCAGCCAUUCUUGGCUUGGCAUCCCGUCAAAUAUGCCAAAAUGCUUUCAGAAAAGAUGAGCAGGCACAAUGCUGACGCCUGGCUUAUAAACACCGGAUGGUCUCAAGGGCCAUAUGGCAUCGGGAAGAGAAUACCGUUGGCCUGUUCUCGUGCAAUCAUUGACGCCAUCCAUUCGGGAGAGCUGUCCAAGCAAAAAUACACCACAUAUCCCGUUUUCAACCUCCAAAUUCCUACCGGUGUCUCCAAGGUGCCUUGUGACAUACUUGACCCCCGAAAAGUGUGGUCCAAAGCCAAUCCGAUCAAUGUCGAUGAGGCCAUUGUAAAUGUUGCCAAACUGUUUGCCGAUAACUUUUCCAAAUAUGCCCAAGAUGCCGGCGAUGAGAUCCGUGCAGCUGGGCCAGUGAUUUCGGCAUAA